AUGACCUCCCUGGCGGUUUCCGGCGAGAGCUGGGUGUUCAGUCAAAAGCUGAUGGAGGCGUCUUCGUUCGCGGAGCACAAGAAGAGGCUCCGGCAGUGGAGCUCUUCGAGCGAGGCGGCAACAUCAGUCAUCUUCGCCUGUCGAGCGAUGGAGGCCUUCACGGCGCAAGGCAACCGGUGGGACGCGGACGAAGAUGACGAAGAUGCAGACAACAUGGAUAUCUGGGACACGCAAAGGCCGCGGGCGUGGCGGGACGACGUAUCAGACUACUGGGGCAUGUACGUCUGCGCCCUCAUCUGCUGGGCCUUUGGCCACGGGGCCUCGGCCGACGAGCUGGAAGGCGCGACAAUGGUGCGCGAAGGGGCUGGCGAGGCAGCGACGCUGGCCUGGGUGAGGGCCGUUGCCCGCAUGGGCGAGGACGACGUUAUGAAGAUUCGCAAUCUGCAGGACUCGACGAAGGUGGUCGAACUGGCGAGGUCGUGGCUGGAGGCCGACUGCAUUGGGAACCGCAGUCGGUUGUUCGUGGAUGCGGUUCGGGUGCUCAGAAAGUUGGAAGAAGGCGUUCAAUGGGCGUGA